UCUUAGCUCACGGUGACAGCGCGCUUCUAUUGGUGCGUGCUGCUUAAAGGAGUCCGCCUCUGUAGACUUGGUACUUCAUUUUCAACAAUAACUUGUACCCUUCCUUUCUUCUCUGGAUUUAACCAGCAGGAAAUGGAUGCAUCUUCAUCUGCAACUCUUCAUCCCUACUGGCCACGGGAUCUUCUCAUUCCAACCUAUGUGGAAAAUGAUCGAUCCAUGUCAGAGAUCCUGGCCUUUUUAUUUUCAGUUUCUGGUGUAUUCUUACUGGUCACUUGGCUAGUGAGUGGUCAGAAAGGAUCUGGUGGACAGCUGGGGACUUGGAGGCGUUUAGCUGUCUGCUGGUUUGCUGUUUGUGGUUUUAUCCAUGGUGUUAUUGAAGGAUGGUUUUCAUUGUAUUAUGAUAUCAUUCCUGGGGAUCAAAGCUUCCUAUCACAGUUGUGGAAAGAGUACUCCAAAGGGGACAGUCGUUAUGUCAUUGCAGAUAACUUCACUGUAUGUAUGGAGACUGUCACUGCUUGGGUUUGGGGACCCUUCAGCUUUUGGGCCGUGUAUGCCUUUUUAACCAACAAGCCUUACAGAUUUGUAUUACAACUUAUCAUUUCAUUAGGCCAGCUUUAUGGAGCAGUGCUAUACUUCUAUACUGAACACAGAGAUGGGUAUGCCCACAGUGAGCUGGGGCACCCCGUGUACUUCUGGUUCUACUUUGUCUUCAUGAACACCCUGUGGAUUGUCAUACCUCUGUCUCUCAUUGUGGAUUCAUGGAAACAGUUGUCUGCUGCUCAAACUGACACUGAUAAUAACCGAUCACUGAAAUCAAAGAGAAAAUAAAACAUUAAUCAGAAUAUCAGAAUCAAUCUAAUCUAAUCUUAAUCAGAAUAAAACAGAAGCAGGGAGUAAAUGCAAAGUUUGUAAAACAUGAUGGACCAAUGUGUAAUUAACAGUUUUCUAUAAAUAUUUAAUUUUAUAAUUUCUAUAAAUUGUAAAAAUGUACUUUCUUCUAAUAAAAUGUUAAAAAUUUGAA